AUGAUUAUCAUCCAUUUACAGAGAUUUUCCACUGACUGUCACCAUAAACCUGAAGACAGCUGUUCUCUAAAAAGAGUCCCCAUGGAUCUUUUACGCACCUACAGGUGGUUAUGGGUGAUCAUUGCGAUUAUUUUUAUAUGUGGCAUCAUCAGCCUCAUCUUCAUUUUCAUCAACAAGUGCAUAUCAAGACAAGGAAAACACAGAAUCUCACAGCUUCACGGAAGAUCUUCUAUCCUCACUGUCAAAAGCAACAACUACCAGGAAACAAGUUUUAGAGCCGUCACUCCACCUUUACCUCCUCGGACACAGUUUCUCACAGCAGCUGCCCAAAGCUAUGAGAACCUGGCUGAGGACUACCAGCAGUGCACACCGGACUAUGAGCAGGACAAGGGUGACUAUGUGCAGGGUGUGCCAGACUAUGAGCAGAGCACGCACGACUACGAGCAGAACACGCACGACUACGAGCAGAGCACGCACGACGACGAGCAAAGCACGCACGACUACGAGCAGAGCACACACGACUACGAGCAGAGCAUGCCCGACGACAAGCAGAGCACACACGACUACGAGCAGAGCACGCCCGACUACGAGCAGGACAUUGCCGAGCAGUCUGACUAUGUGAACAUGGACGAUGAGGAGGUGUGUCUCCCUCCUCCACCACCACCAUGCAAUGAUCCAGCUCCAGGAGCAAAUGACUCUGACUAUGAUGACAUCGGAGGUGAGGAUGAAAACCAGGGAGACGAGGACUACGACGACGUGGGUUAAGACGAGGAGAAAACAGAGAUUAUUGUAAAGAAAAAGAUUUUGAUUUUUCUCAUCUGGAUCCAGCUGAGCAGACAGAUCGGAACAACUUUACCCUACCACAGAUUGCUUUUCAACCGUUUGUAUUUUUUUUAUAAUAUUCAUGAAAAAGAAAAUAACAUUUGAAGUAUCUGUAUUUUAUGUACAUACUGAAGCACAAAGAACAGAACUGCAGAGGCCAAAAUCUGCAGGUAGUAUUGAGACAACAAGGGCAGAUGGUUUGGAUUCUACUCAUAUAACCUUUUGCUAAUUUAUUUUUUAUAGGCUACAAGAGGUUGAACUGAGCAUACAGCCAGUAGUUAUUUGACAUAUGUCGCAUAUUUUUGAUACUUGUUGAUUAUUAUAAUCAUAUAAUAUAAAGAAUAUCUGUGGCUAACUGAUCAAACAGUG